AUAGUCAACCGACGCAUGACAUCAACUUUACUUAGUUUCAAUCUCUUAGCCACCAAGGAAAGAAUAUCCGAUCAUCACGCACACGUGUACGGUCCUCGUGUCCUACAAUUGCCCGCUCAACCCACUCUCCAGCGCUUUAUUAACAGCACCAAAACUGCACUGAUAUCCCUCAUCUCACAGUUGUUUCUCGUUUCGACGACUCUCUGUAUCGAUUUCCAAUUCCAACUCACUGAUUUUGUCAACAUGGGAACAAAGUUGAAAUCCAUUAUGGUCAGCUUCUUCCUUUGUUUGCUUCUUUUUCCUAUGGUUUUCUCUACCCCCAAUGGCGGGUUAUAUAAAAUUGGACUCAAAAAGAUGAAGUUUGAUCAAAACAACCGGCUUGCUGCGCGGCUUGACUCCAAGGAGAGAGAGUCACUCAGGGCUUCUAUUAGAAAAUAUCAUCUUCGUGGAAGCUUAGGAGAGUCAGGGGAGGCUGAUAUUGUAGCACUGAAGAACUACAUGGAUGCUCAGUACUUUGGUGAGAUUGGUAUUGGAACGCCCCCACAAAAUUUCACUGUUAUAUUUGACACUGGUAGUUCAAAUUUGUGGGUGCCCUCAUCUAAGUGUUAUUUCUCAGUUGCUUGCUAUUUCCAUUCCAAGUACAAAUCAAGCAGCUCGAGUACUUACAAGAAGAAUGGUAAAUCAGCAGAUAUCCAUUAUGGAACUGGAGCUAUCUCAGGGUUCUUUAGUGAAGACCAUGUCAGAGUUGGUGAUCUUGUGGUUAAAGAUCAGGAAUUUAUUGAAGCAACCAAAGAGCCUGGCCUCACAUUCCUUAUGGCCAAGUUUGAUGGCAUUCUUGGCCUUGGAUUUCAAGAGAUUGCUGUUAAGAAUGCUGUUCCUGUGUGGUACAAUAUGGUGAAUCAAGGUCUUGUUAGUGAACCUGUUUUUUCAUUUUGGUUUAACCGAAAUGCUGAUGAAGCAGAAGGGGGGGAAAUAGUUUUUGGUGGGAUGGAUCCUAAUCACUACAAGGGUGAGCACACAUAUGUUCCUGUGACACAGAAGGGGUAUUGGCAGUUUGAUAUGGGUGAUGUCUUGAUUGAUGGUAAAACGACUGGGUUCUGUGCUAGUGGAUGUGCAGCAAUUGCUGAUUCAGGAACCUCGUUAUUGGCUGGCCCAAUGACUAUCAUAGCUGAAGUCAACCAUGCCAUUGGAGCCUCUGGGAUAGUUAGUCAGGAAUGCAAGGCUGUAAUUUCACAAUAUGGAGAAACCAUAAUUGAUAUGCUUUUAGCUAAGGAUGGGCCAGAAAAAAUUUGCUCUCAAAUUGGUUUGUGCACAUUUGAUGGGACUCGAGGUGUAAGUAUGGGCAUUGAGAGUGUCGUUGAUGAGAAUGCAAAGAGAUCAUCCGGUGGUGUGCACGAUGCAAUGUGCUCAACAUGUGAGAUGACAGUUGUAUGGAUGCAGAACCAGCUCAAGCAGAAUCAAACACAGGAGCGGAUUAUUAGCUAUGUUAAUGAGCUCUGUGAUCGGCUGCCCAGUCCUAUGGGAGAAUCGGCUGUUGAUUGUAGCACUUUGUCUGCCUUGCCUAAUGUUGCCUUUACCAUCGGUGGAAAGACAUUCAGCCUCAGUCCUGAGCAGUACAUCCUAAAAGUUGGUGAGGGAGAAGCAGCGCAAUGCAUUAGUGGAUUUACAGCGCUAGAUGUGCCUCCACCACGUGGUCCUCUCUGGAUCUUGGGGGAUGUUUUUAUGGGCACCUACCAUACAGUUUUUGACUACGGCAAUAUGAGAGUUGGAUUCGCAGAAGCCGCCUAAAAUGUUGCUUUUCUAUCUUUGUUGAAGGCGUUGGAGUGAACAAUGUAAAUAGUUGGUGUUCUGUGUCUAUUACGUUCUAUUGUAGUAAGUCGCAACUUAUUGACGGAGAUAUAAUCACGUCAUGUUUGUCAAGUGGUUAAUCAUCCUGUUGUAAUGGAACUUGUGUCUGUGUUGGGAUCGGAGGCUCUGAUAUUCUACUAAUAUCUUACCCUGCUGUAUAUGCAGUUCUCUUUUUAA